UAAAAAAAAUUACUUCAAACCGGAUCAUGACGCGCAAUAAUCUUUAAGAAAGUUUUAUAUGGGCAAAUGUUUUGACAAAGAAAAUGACGGAAGAAAAUUUAAAGAGUAACUAUAAACAACAUAGUUGUAAUUUGUCAUUGCUUAAAGACAGAAACAGAGAGUUUUGUAAUGAAAUCAGGAAAGUUUCUCGUAAUCAAGUUCUAUCUAGGAAAAGGUUUCCGAAAAAAGAAGAUGAUCCUCAUCAAGGGGAGUUAUUAGAUUUCAACAUUGAAAAAGUGAAGGAAGUCACCAAGCUUAUAAAAAGACCAUCAUCUAAUACUCAAUCUCAACUUCACUACCUACGUCUUGCAUUUUCAUAUUCACAAGACUUUGUAGAUGCUUUCUUGGAUAUUGAUAAUUCUGUUUACACUCUUGUGGGUUAUCUAACUGGUAAUGAUUCAACUCUGCAACUUGAAGCCUCUUGGUGUAUCACAAAUAUGUCAGCAAAUGAUCAUAAAAAGAUGUUGUUUGUUGUUAAAUCAACAGCACCUUAUUUAAUUACAUAUUUAGAAAGUGGAUCUGAGCUUCUUAUUAAUCAGAGUGCUUGGGCAUUAGGAAAUAUGGCUGCAGAUGAUGCAGAGUGUAGAUUGUUACUCAAAGAGCAAGGAGUAAUUAAACCAUUAAUUGACCUUGUGAAAAAGAAAAACUACUCUGGUGCUCUGCAAGCAUCCCUAUUUGCUCUUUGCAAUAUGGCUCGAUCACCUGAACUAGUAAUACCUGAACUUUUUGACUCAGCUAUACCAAACACGCUUAUUGAAAUACUAAACAAUUUAACUACAGAUCUGAAUAUUAUAGGAGAGUUAGCAUGGCUACUUUCAUAUAUGACCAUGGAUGAAAAUCAUUGUUUAGUGUUUGUUGAGAAAGGUAUUUUGCCUUGUUUGGUUCAUUGGCUUUGCAAAGUUAGACCUCACCAACAAGAAUAUCUCUUUGCUGUAACUCCUUUAUUGCGUGAUUUAGGUAACAUCAUAGGCAUCAAAAGUAUUUCAAAUCUCAAUUCAAUAUUUACAUUAGAAAAUGGUAGUCUACUGGAAACCCUCAAUAACUUUCUAUUUUCUAACAAAAGACAUUUAAUUAAAGAGUGUCUUUGGGUGUUAGCCAAUAUUUUUGCAUGCAACUUCGAUCUCAAAAAUUACAUUGAGUCUGUUAAACUUCUGAUUCCAAACAUAUCACGACAUCUAUUAUCAGCAUAUGAAAUCAAAAAAGAGGCUGCUAUAUGUAUGUGUAAUAUUAUUUCUUAUGAUAAAGAAGUUGGUGCACUUGCUGCUACAAAAGAAACUAUUCAACACUUUAUUGAUUUUCUUACAGUGCCAAGCAAUGAACUGAAGUUCAUUGCUUUACAUUUUUUUGAACUUCUUAUAAAACAGGGAGGUGAAGGAGAAAAACUAUUUUCUGCUUUAGAUGGUCCAUCAUAUUUAGAAGGUUUGGAAUGUAGCGAGUCUGACAAAGUGAGGAAUAAAGCUAUAUUCCUUUUAGAAACAUUUUAUGAAAAUGAAAAUGAAGAUCCUUCAUUAGAUCAUGUGUAAUUUUUUUUUCUUUGAAGUAUUACAAUACAUUUUUUUUUAAACUUCUUUAAUUU